AUGUCAAAGACCUUUGGAAAGGAUGAGGUCAAAGCAUUUGCUCAACUAUCAGGUGAUCACAAUCCAAUACACUUGGAUGAAGUCUAUGCAAGCGGCACCCGAUUCAAGCGACCACUCAUUCAUGGCAUGUUAGUAGCAUCAAUGCUCUCAUCCACAGUGGCUUCUAAACUACCAGGUCCUGGAAGCAUAUACAUGAAGCAAGAGUUGAACUUUAUCAAACCAGCAUAUGUUGGAGACACGAUUAGAGCAGAGGUAGUUGUUGAGAGUAUCGUUGGAUCAAAGAUACUGCUAAAGACAACUUGUAUAGCGAUCAGUCCAGAGACUGGCGAUGAGACUGUGGUGAUCAGUGGCCCUGCUCUAGUCUAUCAUCCAGAUGUAAAGGGCAGUAACAACAACUAA